AUGCUUCUCUAUCACCUCCUCGUAUCUGCGUUUUGCUUUUCUGUGGCCUUGGUGUCCGCGUGGAAGCUGCGGUCCAAGAGGAAGCGCAGCCCGCCAGGGCCUCCGGGGUAUCCUUUGGUGGGGAGCCUCUUCAGUAUUCCGAAAGAGAAGUCGUGGUCGAUUCACGACACCUGGUUGAAAGAAUAUGGCGACCUAGUCUAUUACGAAGUGUUGGGUCAACCUGUCCUCUUGGUUGGUUCCGCAAAGCGAGUCAAGGAUCUUUUCGACAAGAAGAACGCUAUUUAUUCGUCCCGUCCAAGGAUGCCUAUGGUCAAUGAACUUAUGAAAUUCGACAACACCUUCGGCACGUUGAAGUACGGCCCUCGAUGGCGCCAACUACGACGAGCCUUCACCGAAGUCUUCCACCCCAACGUCCUGCCCACCUACCACUCCACAAUCACCUCCCAGAUGAGCGGGAUGCUAACACGAAUGGCCUCGACACCGGAUCAGUGGGAGGAUCACCUCACCCACUUCUUCGCUGGCUCGAUCAUAGAAAUGACCUAUGGUAUCGAGAUCGAGAGCGUCAACGACCCACUCGUCAAGAAUGUACAAUGGGUUGUCGGUGGGGUCACCAUGGCCGCCGUCACAGUCAAAUACUUUGUCGACAUCUUCCCCAUCCUCAAAUACGUGCCGAGCUGGAUGCCUGGCACCGGGUUCAAACAGUUCGCCAAGAAGUUCAUUCAGAUGAACGACUUGAUCAAGGACGAGCCCUUUGAACGAGUUCUGAAAGCAAUGAAUGGGGAGGGUCCACCGGUGAAGCCCUGUAUUGUCUCUCGUCUCAUCGAGAACCUACCCGACGAAGAUGAUGAGGACAGGGAGGAUGAAGAGGAAGUGGCGAGGCUGAUAGCUGUCCAGGCAUGUCUCGCCGGUUUCGAGACUGUCAUCAGCGCAGCCAGAGCCUUUGUCUUGGCCAUGAUUCUCCAUCCCGAAAUCCAGAAGAAAGCACAGGAAGAGAUCGAACGCGUGGUUGAAGAGGGUCGAAUGCCUGACUUCAGAGACAGAAGUAAACUGGUAUACGUUAACGCCGUGAUCGCAGAAGUAAUGAGGUGGCAUACCAUUGCACCAUUCGCCCUUCCACACGCGACUUCAGAAGACGACAUUUACGAGGACUACUUCAUCCCCAAGGGUACCGUGGUGAUAGGCAAUACAUGGUCGAUCAUGCACGAUCCCGAAGAGUUCCCUGAACCCAUGGCCUUCAAACCCGAACGCUGGAUCGAGGACGGCAAGGUCAGUCGGGAGUGGCUCGAUUCGCCCAUCUUCGGCUAUGGAAGGAGAAUAUGCCCGGGUCGUCACACAAGUAUGGACAUGCUUUACAUGUUCGUCACAGCCAUGCUCGCUGGAUUCGAGAUGGAAGCACCCAAGGAUAGCAAUGGUGUUCCCAUCCAGAUAAUACCCGAGUUCACAGACAUGAUUCUUUCCCAACCUGAACCAUUCGACUGCGUCAUCAAGCCUCGAGGACUCAAAGCGGAAUUCCAAUUCGCGGCGUGA